UUCCCAUCCUUCAACUCUUCUCUCUUCAGUUUCCCAAUCCUUCAUUUAAAUUGCAUUAAAACAUCUUCAAGUUGAUGAUAUGAUACCCAGCCCAUCAUCGAUAUUCAAUAUAAGAUGCGCGCGCCAACUAGAAAGAUGACUAAACUCCCAGUAUUCUUGGCCUUGGCCUCUACCUUUCAUUCCGUAUUAGCAACACCCACAAGCGUUAAGCCCAGCUCCGACGAUGAGAACGACACACCUUUACCCGUCGUGAUCUGGCACGGUCUCGGCGAUACAUUCUCUGCCGAAGGACUGCAGUCGGUCGGUUCGCUAGUCGAGAAGGUCAACCCAGGCACGCUCGUAUACUACGUCCGCCUAGACGAAAGCCCCUCCAACGACCGCACCGCGACCUUCUACGGCAACGUGACCGAACAACUAGCCAAAGUCUGCGACGACCUAGCCGCGCACCCCAUCCUCUCUACCGCGCCAGCCAUCGACGCCGUAGGCUUCAGCCAAGGCGGCCAGUUCCUGCGGGGCUACGUCGAGCGCUGCAACUACCCACCCGUGCGGAGCCUAGUAACCUUCGGCAGCCAGCACAACGGCAUCGUCGACUACAAGGCAUGUUCAGCAGCGGACUGGCUAUGCAAAGGCGCUAUGGCCCUUUUGCACGGCAACACCUGGAGUUCAUGGCUACAAAGCCGACUCGUCCCCGCGCAGUACUUCCGCGACCCGCAAGAUCUCGAUAGUUAUCUCGAGCACUCGAAUUUCCUCGCCGAUAUCAAUAACGAGCGCAAGGAGAAGAACGAGACGUAUGCGAAGAAUAUCGCGAGUUUGGAGAACUUCGUUAUGUACCUUUUCGAUGACGAUACUACCGUUAUUCCGAAGGAGACGGGUUGGUUCGAGGAAGUUAAUGGGACGGAAGUUACGCCGCUGAGGGCGCGACCGAUAUAUUCGGAAGAUUGGAUCGGUCUGAAGACUCUUGAUCGAAAGGGCGGCCUUAAGUUCAAGACAACGCCGGGCGAGCACAUGAGAUUAUCAGAUGAAGUACUAGAAGAGGCAUUCACUGAAUUCUUCGGACCAUACAAGGGUGCCUCAAAAGAGGUCCAGGUCCAGGACGAGUUGUAAUGAUAAGGCAUGUUCAAUAGCAGUGUACGAUGUAGGAUUUAAUGAGCGGGUACAGCACAAGUAGCAUAGGAUCGGGGUUUUCAGCGGUUUAAUCGAAGUCACGUUUGUUAUAUGCUUUUCUAA